AUGUUAGAACAAUCGCCGAAGUCCUAUCUCUAUCUAUCUAUCUAUCUAUCUAUCUAUCUAUCUAUCUAUCUAUCUAUCUGUUUUAGCUUAUUCAUAUCUAUCUAUCUAUCUAUCUAUCUAUCUAUCUAUCUAUCUGUUUUAGCUUAUUCAUAUCUAUCUAUCUAUCUAUCUAUCUAUCUAUCUAUCUAUCUAUCUUUUCAGCUUAUUCAUAUCUAUCUAUCUAUCUAUCUAUCUAUCUGUUUUAGCUUAUUCAUAUCUAUCUAUCUAUCUAUCUUUUUCAGCUUAUUCAUAUCUAUCUAUCUAUCUAUCUAUCUAUCUAUCUAUCUAUCUAUCUAUCUAUCUAUCUGUUUUAGCUUAUUCAUAUCUAUCUAUCUAUCUAUCUAUCUAUCUGUUUUAGCUUAUUCAUAUCUAUCUAUCUAUCUAUCUAUCUUUUUCAACUUAUUCAUAUCUAUCUAUCUAUCUAUCUAUCUCUUAUUCAUAUCUAUCUCUCUGUCUAUCUAUCUAUCUAUCUUUUUCAGCUUAUUCAUAUCUAUCUAUCUAUCUAUCUAUCUAUCUAUCUAUCUAUCUGUUUUAGCUUAUUCAUAUCUAUCUAUCUAUCUAUCUAUCUAUCUAUCUAUCUCUUAUUCAUUAUCUAUCUAUCUAUCUAUCUAUCUAUCUAUCUAUCUAUCUGUUUUUAGCUUAUUCAUAUCUAUCUAUCUAUCUAUCUAUCUAUCUAUCUAUCUAUCUAUUUUCAUCUUAUCUAUCUUUUUCAUCUUAUUCAUAUCUAUCUAUCUAUCUAUCUAUCUAUCUAUCUAUCUAUCUAUAUUUAUUUUCUCUCUUCAUCGACUCCCGCUUUCUCACGAUAUUUCUCCGAAGAUCUUUUUCCUCAAAAUGACGAAAAACAAAGGUGUUUUUCGUCACCAGGCGUCAUUAUUCUCCGCACUAUCGAUCUCUCGUUCUCCAUCUCCCCAACUCUCGCGAUCUCUCGCUCUUUUGUGUCCUUUCAUCACUACAACUCACUCUCACUCUCUCGCUACCCUGCUUCUUUUCUCUCCUAAUUUACUCUUCUGUCUCUUUUCCUUUUCUAUCACUCCCUUCUCACUCACUCAUUCCUCUCUCUCCUACUCCCACUCACUCUUAUUUAUCUUGCCUAAUUCCCUUCUAUCUUAUUUUAUUUUCUCUUACUCUCUUUUUGCUCAUACCUUUCUCUCUCUGCUACUCACACUCACUCUCUUUCUAUCUUCCCUAUUUCCGGUUUAUUUUAUUUUAUUUGUUAUCACUCUCUUCUCCCUCACCCAUUCCUCUCUCUACUACUCUCUACUACACCCCCCCACUCUCUAUUUAUCUUCCCUGAUCUACCUCAUUUUCUUUUCUCUCUCUUUUUAUUUCAAACCUUUUCUCUCACUCUUCCUCGUGUCUCCUAAUUCACAUUACUUCUCUUCUCUAUCCUUUUUCUUUUCCUUUGCCCUCUCCUCUCUCUCUCUCUCUCUCUCUCUCUCUCAGAAUUCACUGUAUCAUUUUCUUUUCUCUCACUGCCUUCUCACUCUCUCAUCUUCUCUCUCGUUAACUCUCUUGUUUCAUUUUAUCGUCUUUUACUUGUCUUCCUCUUCUCAUUCCUCUUUUGCCUUUUUAUUUCUAUUUACAUAUUCUCUCUCUCUCUCCCUCUAUCUCUCUGUCUGUCUGUCUGUCUGUCUGUCUCUCUCUCUCUCUCUCAAUCUAUCUGUCUCUCUUUCUCUCUCUCACUGUCGAAAAAAUGCUUCGGUCUCUCCCUUUCUCUUUCAUUCUCUCUCUCUCUCCUUCUCUCUCUAUACCCCCCUCUCUCUCUUUAUCCCCACCUCUCUCUCUCUUUAUCCCCACCUCUCUCUCUCUCUCUCUCUCUCUAUCUAUCUAUCUAUCUAUCUAUCUAUCUAUCUUGAAAAUAUCUAUUUUACUUCUUUUUUCUUUCUUUUCUUCAAACUUUUCUUCAAUUUCUAUUUUCUUUCUACCUUUUUUUCAAAAACUACUUUCCUGUUUCUGCCUCUUUCACAUAUUUUACAGAUCCUUGUCUUCCAUUCAUUCAUUUUUUUAAACUAUGUAUCUCUUUCUUUCUUUCUUUCUUUCUUUUCUUUCUUUCUUUCUUUCUGCUUUUAUUGCUUAUAUAUUUCUCCCUCCUCAUCUAUUCUCUUUCUUCUUGAUUUUUUCUCUUCCGCACUCAUUGCCUUUCUUUACUCCUUCCAUUUUCAAUUCCUCCUCACCCGUCUUUUGAAUUUUCUUUUAAUAUUUUCUUCUUUGUCCAACACCCCUCCAUCCGACCCCACCCGAAUAGCUCUCACGCACGCACUCACUUUCACUGCCAACCAAUGUUCUUAA